AUGGCAGAUACGUGCGACUUUCCAUCUUUUCUUCAAAUCCAGACGGAGGUCAUUCAUGAGGUCAUUGAUGUGUUUCCGCUGAAGUCCCAGCUUGGCGAAUGGUUGACCAAGUAUGUAGUCUGCAGUGUAUAUGCUUGCCUGAUCCUGAUCGUCAUUUGCCUUUGGUUGUUUGGCUUGCCUGAGAAGGCCCCGCAACACGCAACCGUGCAGAAAAGCUAUCCGUACGGUUGUGUGGCGUUCCUCGGGGUUGUGUACACGCUGUCUUUCUUCACGAUCGAUCAGUAUGUGCCAAGCUUCCCGCAGAUGGAAAAGGAUUUGUCUGGGACCCAAACCCUGAUGAGCCUCACGGUGCAGAUGAAUUUCAUUGUCAAGGCAGUCUUUGGGCUGCUGACUGCAGGCCUGUCUGAUCGCAUCGGCCGCCGACCCAUCCUGAUCAUGAGCAUGAUCGUCCUGUGCUUCGGAAGCUUGGGGUGCGCAUGCUCCCAACGGAUUGAGUGGUUCGUGGCCUCAAGGAUUCUUCAGGGAAUAGGGGAAUCCGUGGAACCAGUGCUUUUCGCAGUCGUCCGUGACCAUAUUGCAGACCCUGACGAUCGCUACUCAGUGAUUUCAGUGAUGCACACGAUGUCCAUCCUCGGUAUGUUGGUGGCCCCCACUUUUGGGGCAUGGCUUGCUGGUCUCUUCAACUGGCGCAUCUCUUUUUUCGGGCUCGCUGUGACAUGGGCCUUCAUGGCAGUCUAUGCCUGGGCGGCAAUCGUGGAAAGCUGCCCAGAUAUCCCAGAUGAGGCAGUCGAUGAGCGGGAUUACUUCCAAGAUUUAUCGCGAAUUCUCAAUUUCCGUGCGCUAAGCUUGCUACUAACACUGAGCUCCCUCACAGGAGCGAUCUUGACAUUCGAAUCGAACACAAGCUAUAUCACACAGGGGAACUUCGACGUUUCGAUGAUGGCCUCAGCCCUUGUGAUGUUUGCAUAUGGAGGCUUUCUCAUUAUGGGUUUGUUGGUGAAGCGGUUCUUCUUUAGCAGCACAUCCGUUCUGUUGACCUGCAAGACGUCUUUGACGCUUCUGGCCUGCGCCGGCAUCGCUUCGGUCCUGCUAGGAUGCUUCUACUCCCAAUUUCUCUGGGCUUAUCUGGCAGGAUCUUUUCUGCAGUCCAGUGUGGUAAACGUAGCCGUGAUCGCAUUGAAUGUUCUGUUCCUCGAGCCGCUUGGAGACUGUGCCGGUGUGGCUGCUUCGUUUCAGACCUUCAGCAUGGGAGUGCUCCCCAGCCUUCUUUCGAUGGUUUCCACCCAACUGCUGAUCAAUGGAGGCUUGAAGUUCUUCAUAGCCUUCCAGGCCAGUACAUGCCUCGCAGCCGGGCUGUUCUUCUGGUUGGGCCAUCUGAUGAGUACGGAGAGUACAUGCAAGUCCUGUGAGUCCUCGGAGUAG